AUGGCAACCACCCUCGCCACCGACGUCCGCCUCUCCAUUGCGCACCAGACCCGCUUCGGCUUUCGCCUCGCCUCCACUAUCUCAUCCAACCCCGAAUCUACUACCAACAAUGUCGCAUUCUCUCCGGUUUCCCUUCACGUCGCGCUCAGCCUCAUCACCGCUGGCGCGGGGGGCGCCACCCGCGACCAACUCGUUGCUACACUGGGGGAAGGCGAGGCUGAGAGGCUCCACGCGCUCGCCGAGCAGGUGGUGCAGUUCGUGCUUGCCGACGCAUCCUAUGCCGAUAGUCCGCGCGUCGCCUUCGCUAACGGCGUCUUCGUGGACGCAUCGCUGCCGCUCAAGCCAUCCUUCCAGGAGCUUGCAGUGUGCAAAUACAAGGCCGAAGCUCAGUCCGUGGACUUUCAAACUAAGGCCGCGAAAGUUACUGCUCAAGUGAACUCAUGGGUAGAGAAAGUCACAACCGGUCUCAUCAAAGAUAUUCUCCCCGCGGGGUCUAUUAGCAACACCACUAGACUUGUUCUUGGCAAUGCCCUUUAUUUCAAAGGAGCUUGGACAGACCAGUUUGAUUCACGUGUAACAAAAAGCGACUACUUCUACCUUCUUGAUGGGAGCUCAAUUCAAACACCAUUCAUGUACAGCUCAGAAGAACAAUACAUUUCUUCUUCUGAUGGCUUGAAGGUACUUAAGCUUCCUUACAAGCAAGGUGGGGACAAGAGGCAGUUCUCCAUGUACAUCCUUCUUCCAGAAGCACCAAGUGGUAUCUGGAGCUUGGCAGAAAAGUUGAGUGCUGAGCCAGAGCUCUUGGAGCGCCAUAUCCCAAGGCAGAAGGUUGCACUCAGGCAAUUCAAGCUCCCGAAGUUCAAGAUAUCAUUUGGAAUUGAAGCAUCCGAUUUGCUCAAACAUUUGGGUCUGCAACUGCCAUUCAGUGAUGAAGCAGAUCUUUCGGAGAUGGUGGAUUCCCCAAUGCCACAGGGCCUCCGCAUCUCAUCCGUUUUCCACAAAACGUUUGUCGAAGUGAAUGAAACAGGAACCGAGGCUGCGGCAGCAACUAUUGCUAAAGCAGUCCUGCUAAGUGCAAGUCCGCCCUCAGACAUGGAUUUCAUCGCGGAUCAUCCUUUCCUCUUCCUUAUCCGAGAAGACACUUCCGGUGUGGUUCUAUUCAUCGGUCAUGUGGUCAAUCCCCUCCGAUCUUUGUAA